GUCACACUGUAUAAAUACGCCGGGUUGUCAAACAGUAAAGUUUCCCUGGACCCUCCAUGCAAAGUGUCAGCUGAAGACAAACUGGGAGAGCCUAUGACCAUCUGCGAAUCAGGGCAGCAGAUUAAAAAACAGAGAGAGAGAGAAAAUAUCAGCAACACUGAGGUGGAAAAUAUCUUCUGGUCAGCAUCUGCACCAGCGACUCGACAGGUCCGCCUUAGAAAUACGAGACAACACACCGGGGGAAAUAAAACAGAAACGCAGGAGUACAAACCAAGCCGGGGCAUCAGUGACGACAGCUGGGAACUGAAACCAUUGUCACACAUUCGUGACGACAGAAGAACGGCCUGCGACCCGCUGCCCCCGGCGUCAGGGUGCCUUUACCAUGGUGACACUAAAAGGUUCAUACACUUUACAAUAAGCCAGAGGAAGAACUCCUUGUUACAGUCGCAUCGCCUCACUUUCAGCAACAUCUUGAUCACUUUGCUCUCACGACGGCGCUGACCCGGUGCAGCCAUGCAUCUUGAAGUUAAGGUCGCCCUCAACUUCAUCGUGUCCUACCUGUACAACAAGCUGCCUCGGCGUAGAGCUGACCUGUUUGGGGAGGAGCUGGAGAGGAUACUGGUGUCUCGUUUUGAGGGUCACUGGUAUCCUGAAGCCCCUCUCAGGGGUUCUGCCUUUCGGUGCAUCCACCUGGGAGCACCGAGGGACCCCGUGGUGGAAUUGGCCGCCAAGAGAAGUGGACUGGACACAGAGGAAGUGCGUGCAAAUGUCCCUGCAGAGCUCAGCGUUUGGAUUGACCCCUACGAGGUAUCCUACCAGAUUGGAGAGAAGGGGGCAGUGAAGGUUCUCUACCUGGAGGACCCUCCAGGCCUCGGCUGUGACAGCGAGAGGGCUGAGGGGGUGAUCAGAGAGGGUAAAGGAGAUCCAGAGGCAGAGGAGGCCAAGAGUCUGGGCUUUAACCCAGAUGCUCAGGUGUUUGUGCCAAUUGGAAGCCAGGCGUCUCCUGCCCUCAUGCCGUCGCUCUCCAGCUCUCCCACCCCCAUGUCUGCCCAGCCCUGUCCCGGGCUCUUCAGCUACCCCAGCUCCAGCACCCCCACCGACCCUGCUGCCCACUCUUCCAACACCUCGACCCCUUCUCCUCCCAGCGGCGGGUUGCCCUACCUCUCCACUCAGCAGCCUCCCUCCGCUCUUCCUGCUGCCCGUCCUCAGCCCAUCACCUUCACCACCGCCAGCUUCGCCGCCACGAAAUUCGGCUCGACCAAGAUGAAGAAGUGCAGUGGGGCUGGAUCGGCAGCUAGCUCUGCAGUCGUCAUACCUCCUGCCCAGAGAAUGCUCUCCCGCUCUCCCACCACCAUCUCAGCACCGGAGCUACUCAAGCACAAGCCCCUCUCCCUCUCCUUGCACUCCCUCGGGGGUCCCAUCGCCAGCCAGCUCUCCCCCAACGCCAAAGAGUUUGUCUACCCAGGAUCCCCAGGCCCCCUUUACUUCGAUGCUGACACCCAGCCCAUGCAGCCUCAUGCCAGCCCAUUCCAACCCCCCCACACUGUUAACACCCAUCCGUCGUUUGACCCCUUCUCCAGCCCUCCUCCCGCCCAGAGCGUGGGCAUCAUCGGCAGCAACGGAGGAAUCCCCUACAUGGAGAAGCCGCCGUUCGUUGAGGGUUUAGGAAGCUACAACCUGCAAUAUCCUAGCCAGUCCUUCCAGCCUGUUGUGCUGGCCAACUAAGCCUUCAUUUGUAAUGAUGAGAAUUGUCGAAGCGGGAGGUGGGACAGUGAUGCUCCAGCUAUUUUCAGUUUUUCUAACAAAUUGUUCUAAUACUAAUACAAGUUAAGAUUUAGUUUUACUACAAAGAUUUAAAACACCACGUACACUGAAUAGUCCAUGUGAUUCGUUUUGUUUCCUCCAUAACCCCCAACCCCACCCUGCCCUCGUGUCCAUCGUCGUUACUCGUCAUGUUCUGUGUGUUGGCUGUGAUGACAGGAGUGGGUGGGGGGGGAGUUCCUUUCUACCUUGAGUCGCUGCCAAUCUCUUUAUGUUUUAUUAUUUUGCAUUGAAUGUUAAUGUGAGGGACUUUAUUGUCAUUAUUAUUGUUGUCAUUAUUUUUAUUUGUCGACUUUUAGUUUAAUGGACUCGGCUCCAGUAUAGCUCCAUUUUGCACUGCACUGUCAUGCUGUGAAAAAGGACCUCGCCAAGUCCUGCAGGGAACGACGGCUGUGGAAAGCUCAGCACUUUGCUCUGCAAUCUGCUCUGCCCUACUUGCCACAAAUACAGAGAGAGGGGGGGCUCUGCUGUCUCUGUGUGUGGAGUCCUGUUCUGUUUUGUUGUGUCUCAGCGUGAUCGAGACUCGUUGUUUGUACGAUGGGCCCGUUACCCUUGAAACGCACUCGUGCACAGGCACAAUUUGACUCUUGUUUUUUUUUUUUUUUUUUUUUUUUAUCACCCGGUGUAUAUUGGAAGCAGUUUAUCGUCAGCUGGAAUGUGUACAUGAUGUGGGUUUAAAUGAAAAAGAGCAGUGGAGGGAGCAGAAAGGGGAGCGAUGGGGUGUUAAGGGAGUGAUGUAGUAGAAUGUAUUGUACCUGUCAGGGGGAAACUGCGGCUGGGAAGGUCGGGGAAACCUUGGUGAAUGUGGAAAAAAACUAAUAGAUCUUUGCAUUUUAAGACAAUAACCAUGUGCCGUGCUGUGCAUAAAAAAAAAAAAAUAAUAAUAAUAAUAAUAAUAAUAUAUAUAUAUAUAAUAUAUAUACACACACACACACGGGGAUGUGAGCUGUGGUUUCAUACAUGGAUUCAAAUGGACAAACAAUGCAUACAUAGGCAGAAAUAUGUGCACGUAUACACAAUUCCCAUCAGCAGCGCGUGUGUGUGUGAAGGUGAACAGGCGGGGAAGGAGCUGAGGGGGAGGGGAUGCAGCAGUUAAGCAGUAGGGAUUGUGAUAAAUGGCUUAGCAUGACUUUGACUAUGAAGGAGAGGUUUUUCCUCUGCAUGGAGAGGAGAGAGGCCGAUGGGAGCGGAGGGAUGACGGGAGGAAAGGAGAGGGAGAGAGAAGCAGCUAGAGGGUUCUGCUGCCCCGGUGGCGUCCAGCCCGUAUUGGCUUAGAGAACGACACUUUAAAACCCAGGGCACGUUUCUGGUGAGCUUAAAUGCUGCUGAAGCCAAACGCUCACACUAUUCUCUCGCUCCUCUUGAAAUUCCUCGGUGAUCUCUGCUCCUGUGGCUGUAAACAAAAGAAAAAAAUGGGGGAAAAAAAACAAAAACACAAUAGACAUACAGUCCAGGUUGCUCCGUGUCCUUUCCCAGUCGCAGUGAUGUGGACAAAGAUGAAUGUUUUUUACUGGUGUGUGGCUCUUGCUUUAUUUGACGGCUCGUCAGGUCCAUGGAAGUCUGCCGUUUGUAGCUGUGGUUUGGUGACCAGCCUAGUCCGUGCUGUUGUUGUUUGUCACUACAGGGAAAGGGUAACCCCCAGAUGUCCAUUCGAGCUGUCCAGCACUUUAUUACUGGGCUCCUGAUGCUGUGUGUCGCUCACAGACAUGAGCUAAACCCAUUCCUUUGCCCUCACUUGUCAUGUCUGGUCAAGAAACGCUGUAGAGAUUCAAAAAGGAGCUUCAUUUUUAUCCAGAUGAAACGCGCUGGUGAGGAGACGCUGUCUGUCGUGUCCGUUUAUUUGAAUGUUUUCUAGACUUGUACCCAUAAGUGUUUUUGUAUGAGACGAAACGAGGACCCUUGACUUGUGCUCAUGCUGGUUUUGCAAUGUGACGGCUCGUCAUAUGCAUGCAAGUUUUCUUUCUUUCUUCUUUUCAAGGGGAUGGGUGGGGAGGCCUCUGUAAAUGUUCCGAUUGUUAGGGAAAGAUGCAUUUAUAAUUUUUUUGUUUUGUAAUUUAUUUCCAAUAUUUCUAUAUUUUUUGGUUUUUGCAAAUGGUCACUUACAUUUGUAUGAGUAAGACAUGACAAGUCCAGGAAUAUGUGUGUGUGUAUAUAUAUAUAUGUAUAAAAAAAAAAGUUCUUAUGUUCAGAUUCUUUGUUUAGUUUCUUACAUGCUGAGGUUAUUUUUUCAGAAAAUAACAUGAAUAUAUAUGCAAACCCAGACAAAAAUAAAGAUGUACAGAAUAAAGUAUUGAAUGUGUAUUGUACCUUGUACAGCAUUUUGUCUAAUAAGACGGGUAAAUGUAUUCAUUCUUCAAGUUGGAUUUGGAGUUCAAGAUGUGAAUGUUUACAGUGAGUUUGUGUAGGAGAAGAUGGCCGAUCACUUUUUGUCUGUGCUCCCAGGGCAGUCUGACGUAGGCAGUACAUUUAAAAACCAAAAAUCUCCACUUUUCAGAUUCACUUUUGAGUGCAAUGAUCAUCCUCCCUUUUAUGUGAAUUAACUGCAUAUUAAGCAGCCAACAAGCCUAUUCCUUUUUCUAAAGAAUUCUCUCAAAAGUGAAUCCAGAUAUAUUCAAAUUUAUAUGACCACUAUGUCCUUUAAUCUUAUAUUAUAUUUCCAAUCAGACUGAACUUUUUCUCACCUCACCUUUUUAAUUUUUUUUUUUCUCAGUGGAUUAUCCCCCCCCCCCAUCAGCCUGGUCUUUUGGUCCUGGUACUAUAGCCAUAUCCCAGACUGUCUUUGCUUACACAGAUACUCACCCCCUAUCCAGUGCAAUGUAAUGCCAUAAUUUUAAAUUACCCUGAAGGAUUCAAGGGGUUACUACCUCUAUCUCUGCACCCUGGAGAAAAAAAAAAUAUAUAUCCAGUACAUCUUCUCAAUAGGAAGACGGUGUUAUUGCAGGUUUGGAAGGAUGAAGGAAAUGAAUGUGCUGUGAAUGUGAUUCUGAUCUGUUGUUAGUCGACCCUGUUUGAGAUGGCCUGCGGGAAAAACAAAUGAGGAGGGACUUCUCAUUUUAUUUUGUGUUGGAAAAAUGUCUUUGGAGAGAUCUCUCGGGCUGCAGCUAACGGUUACUGUCAUUGCUGAUUAAUCUGUACACGUAUUUUGUUUUGAUGAAUCAACCAGUUGUCCGGUCUACAAAAUAUCAGAGCGUGGUUUAAAAAAUGUCGAUCAAUGUGACGCCUUCAAAUGUCUGUUUUUCCCCAUGUCACUAAGGAGUAAAGAAACCAGAACAUAUUCACAUUUAAGAAGCUGGAAUCAGACUGCUGACUUUUUUCUUUUUCUUUUUUUUUUUUUUUUAGAAAUUACUCAGACCGAACAUCAAAAUAGCUGCAGCUCUAGAGAUCUUUAGUCAUAUGCAUGUUCAGAAAGGCCAAGUGAGUCCUCUUUGUUUACUUCCCCACAUUUUCUUUUAGAUUAUCCAGUACAAACGAGGUGUGCCGUCAGAUUUCCUCCUCAAACAAAUCGGACUCUUGACGUCAGAGAUGCAAGGGUGGGAAUGGUUAUUGUAAAAGCUGGUUCCUCCUUGCAUCUUAAAGAGUGACUGGCGGCUCGUGUCUUACACUUAAAGGUCAGAUUAGUGUUUCAAACGCGCCACCGGUCGACUCCAGACGCAGGCCAUUCUGCAAUCAGGGUUGAACAUUAGCGAAGAGGGAAAAACAAGGAUUUUGUAUUCUGAUGUCCUUUGCUUAUAUCGAUGUGUGCGUUUUAUUUUGCACUUUGGAAUAUUUCAUUGUCAUAAAAGAAGUUUAUUUUCUAUGUCAAAAUUUAACAUUUAAGAGUAAAAAUAGAUAUAAUUAAAAGUUCAGAUGAUGUAUAAAUAUAGUGCUUUCUCUCCUGCCUGUAUUUUAUUAUUUUUCCUAUUUUGUAUCUGAUCUGUACACCCUGUAGAUGUGUAAUGAAUCUUUCACUACUGAAAUGCAAUGACCUGUUUUCUGUGCUGCCCCUCGGGAAUGGGGGGAGUUACUACUGCAGUUUCUUAUUGUAUCAGAUUCUUUUUUAAGUUUGUAAUAAAAAGAAACAGAUUGGCAAAAAUAA